CCAGAAUUCAUCCAGCAAGAGCAAGAGAACUUCCCAUCUUCCUUCUCCAUUGUUGAAGAGAAAUCAUCAAGGAAGAAUCACCCAAAAAGGAGCUAAAGUGCUAAAAGUGUGAAAUAAUUAAGGCACUUGUAAAGGGUAUUUCAAGUGAUUUCACAAAGUUGGGAAAGUCGCCGGAGUUGUCGCCGGAGUUGACCAAAAGUCGCCGGAGUUUCACCGGAGUUCAACCAAGAAGGGUAGAACUUCAUACGCUAGUUCAAGGUUGAAGCUAGGGCUUGCUACUUGCACCUUCUCACGGGUGAUAUCAAAUCAGGAAGACGUGAAAUGGAGGGUAAGCGAAUGGCAACAAGAAAUGACCCUAAGGGACAAGCGUCGGUAGCUUACCUUGAGGCUAGCCGGGCUGUGUCACGAGCCUUUACGGGGAGAGGAAUAGGCCAUGGGGGCCGUGAGGGCCGCCAAGCGGCAAACGCUAAUCAAGUGGGCUCGAUGUGUAACAUGAACACCAGGAGGAACGAACGUAGGCGUCAGGCGAGGCGAGAUCGGGCCACCUCCCAACGUGAUAUGACUGCCAUGGGGGCCGUGAGGGCCGCCAAGCGGCAAACGCUAAUCAAGUGGGCUCGAUGUGUAACAUGAACACCAGGAGGAACGAACGUAGGCGUCAGGCGAGGCGAGAUCGGGCCACCUCCCAACGUGAUAUGACUGUCAGCCAAACCCAUCCUUGGGCAAACGACCAAGGAGGAGAAAGCACUCUUACGGCACCGGCAUCACCGGUGAAAAAGAAAAGGAACUCAAAGUGGCACACGUCCUUUCCUUACUCCUUAAGACCAUCCAAAUGUUCUAAUUGCUCUAAGAAACAUUUUGGAAAGUGCAACGAGCCCCCGAUGUGCUACAAAUGUGGGAGCACAACCCAUAUGAAAUUAAGUUGCCCAUGGAGGAGGCAACGAGAGACAUUGCAAGCCGAGGAAGGGCUCACCGUGAAUGGAAACCAUACGGAACCAACGAUGAGCAACGCUACGUCCGUCAAUCAAGGCGGGGCCCAAGCAAGGGUCUACGCAAUGACCGAGGCGGAUGCGAGAGCAAACCCGGACUCCGUUGCAGGUUGAAGCUAGGGCUUGCUACUUGCACCUUCUCACGGGUGAUAUCAAAUCAGGAAGACGUGGUUCGUGCUUCCUUAUUUUCUUUCAAACUACCGAACACUUGCUCAUGGAUAUUUGUUCUACUAUAAACUAUUUUUGGGGCUUGCAUGCCCAUGUUGUUGG